AUGUCUGAAGAAGUUGAUAAAGUUGCCGAACAAGUUCAAAAAACUUAUUUGGAUGAUGUUACUGGCGAACAAGUUUCCAAAACUGAAUUGAAAAAAAGACAAAAACAAAGAGCAAUUGAAGCUAAGAAAGCUGCUAAAGCUGCUGCUGCUCCAGCCAAAACCACUACCAAAAAGAAAGAUGAAUUGGCUGAUUUAAACCCAAAUCAAUUUUUCGAAAUUAGAUCUCGUCAAAUUUCUGAAUUAAGAGACAAAAACAAUGCUGAUCCAUCAGCUUUCAACCCAUACCCUCACAAAUUCAAUGUUACCACCAAAAUUCCAGAAUUCGUUGAAAAAUACGCCCAUUUACAAAGAGGGGAAACUUUGAAAGAUGUCACCGUUUCUGUUAGUGGUAGAAUAAUGACCAAAAGAGAAUCUGGAUCCAAAUUGAAAUUCUACGUUUUGAAAGGAGAUGGUGUUGAAGUUCAAGUCAUGGCCCAAGCUCAAGAUGCUCCAAGUGUUGAAGCUUUCGAAUCCAUGCACGAAAUCUUGAGAAGAGGUGAUAUUAUUGGUGUUACUGGUUAUCCAGGUAAAACUGCUCCAGCCAAAGGUGGUGACGGUGAAUUGUCCGUUUUCGCUACCAAAGUACAAUUAUUAACUCCAUGUUUGCACAUGUUACCAACUGAACAUUAUGGGUUCAAAGAUCAAGAAGCUAGAUACAGAAAACGUUACUUGGAUUUGAUUAUGAACGACUCCAGUAGAGACCGUUUCAAAGUUAGAUCUAAAAUCAUUCAGUAUAUUAGAAAAUUCUUGGACAACAGAGAUUUCGUUGAAGUUGAAACCCCAAUUUUGAAUGUUAUUGCUGGUGGUGCCACUGCCAAACCAUUCACCACUCAUCAUAACGACUUGAACAUGGAAAUGUUUAUGAGAAUUGCCCCAGAAUUGUUUUUGAAAGAAUUAGUUGUUGGUGGUAUGGACAGAGUUUACGAAAUUGGUCGUCAAUUUAGAAACGAAGGUAUUGAUAUGACCCACAACCCUGAAUUCACCACUUGUGAGUUUUAUCAAGCUUAUGCUGAUGUUUAUGACUUAAUGGACAUGACCGAAUUGAUGUUUUCCGAAAUGGUCAAAGAAAUCACUGGUGAUUACGUUAUCAAAUACCACCCAGAAGGUCCAUCAGGUAAAGAAUUGACUUUAGAUUUUUCCAGACCAUGGAAGAGAAUUAACAUGAUUGAAGAAUUGGAAAAAGUAUACAAUGUCAAAUUCCCAGCUGGUGAUCAAUUGCACACUGCAGAAACCGGGGAAUUCUUGAAAAAAGUCUUGAAAGACAACAAUUUAGAAUGUGCUCCACCAUUGACCAACGCUAGAAUGUUGGACAAAUUAGUUGGUGAAUUAGAAGAUGCUUCUAUUAACCCAACUUUUAUUUUUGGUCAUCCACAAAUGAUGUCACCAUUGGCCAAGAAAGAUAGAAACAUUCCAGGUUUGUGUGAAAGAUUUGAAGUUUUCGUUGCCACUAAAGAAAUCUGUAAUGCUUACACGGAAUUGAAUGAUCCAUUUGAUCAAAGAGCUAGAUUUGAAGAACAAGCCAGACAAAAGGCACAAGGUGAUGAUGAAGCUCAAAUGAUUGAUGAAACAUUCUGUAAUGCCUUAGAAUAUGGUUUACCUCCAACCGCCGGUUGGGGUUGUGGUAUCGAUAGAUUGGCAAUGUUCUUGACCGAUUCUAACACCAUUAGAGAGGUAUUGUUGUUCCCAACUUUGAAACCAGAUGCUUUGGUUUUGAAAGGUGAAGAACCAUUAAAAGAUGAAAAUUAA